AUGUCGCAGCCUCCAGGGCUCCUCAGAAGAGAGCCUCGGCUGAAAGGGAAGCAGGACGCCUGUGAACCGCCUUCAGCACCCGCUGACCCUCGGGCUCGCCCUGCCUCUAGUCCACCCUCCGCUCGCGGCCCCUGGCGGCGGGAACGGGGAGCUGCCCGCGGCGCAUGCGCGGUGGUGUUGCCUGCUCCGCCAAGCGCGCAUCGGAGAGUUCGGGGGCAGUCAGCGGGGUGGCGGCAGCGCAGGGCCGGCAGCGCUCGGCCACCUCCGCUGUCCGCAUACCGUCUACCGGCGGACCCUCACCUCGGUUUGCAGCGACCCGGUAUUUGCAAGUUCCCUGCCCUGACAGUAAUCAUGGAUAGUGUAUUCUUAACAGAGGACAAAGCCAAUUCUUUGUUAAAAAGAUACCCGAGAGCCAACACGUUUCUGGAAGAAUUAAAGCAAGGUGACAUCGAACAUGAAUGCAGGGAAGAAAUCUGUAGCUAUGAAGAAGCAAGAGAAGCAUUUGAAAAUGAGGAAAAAACGAAGGAGUUCUGGAAACUCUACAAAAAUGGACUUCAGGGAGAAAGUAACACAGGACAUUCCUGGUAUUCAUUUUACCUUGCAUUUCCAUUAAUCAUUGGCCUUUUUGUUAUCCUCAUUGUCGUUUUUGUCAUCUGGAGAUGUCUGUUUAAAAAGAAAAUGCGUAGACAGUUGGUGUACGUGCACAGGGGAGCCCACGAAGCCAUGGGUGAUGGUGCCGUGGCUGAUGGCAGAGGUCCUCUUCCACCGCCUCUCAGCAUUGUUCAUUCCCCACAGGAGGAAAUGUAUGAAGUCAGUGGGCUCUCUCCAGGAGGUCUGAGCUAUGCAGAUGGACGAUCAGACUCAAUAUCCACAAGGCUCUCAAACUGUGAUCCUCCUCCUUCAUAUGAGGAAGCCACUGGUGAAAUCAGUAUGAGAAGUGAAACCGAACAACAUUUAGAUCCACCUCCCCAGUACGAAGACAUUGUGAAUUCCGCUUCAGCCAGUGCAGUUGCACUAUCUCCUGUUGUCACCAGUACUAAGUAAAGCAGGAAGAAUGCUAUGGACUUUUAAAAAUUACUAAUCAUUUUGUAGCACUUUAUCUUAUUAUGCAUUUCUAUAAUUUAACAGACUUGUACAAUGAACUUCACUUGUGUUUAGACUCACUUGUUCCUUGGGUUUGGGAUUUUUUUGGGCAGGUCUUAGAAGGAAUCUGUAUUGAGAGUUUAGUGCAGGUACAAUGUGGUGCUCUGUCAUACUUCUCAAAAGUACCUCUGAUUUGAGGGUAGUCACUUGUUUUAUACCAAACAUUGUCCACAUUCCCCACAAGAUUUGUGGAAUCGUCCUCCGCUUUCCUACUGCAAAGUGUUAGAAUUGCCUGAAAUUUGGAAUCCUUAAGCAACAUUUUAGAUAGCUAUUUACACUAAAGGGGACUGAUUUUUGCAGUAUUGCCUCUUGUUUCGGCUUCUUUUCCUCACUUGGUUUUUUGUUACGUGCUGCAGCCUAUCCUGGACCCUUGGAAGGCUGAGAGCUGUAUGCCUUUGUGUUCAAACCAGACUCUGCUGGUGUAAUAGCAAUAAUUUCAGAGUCCUAGCAGAAGUGCAUUCUAAAGCUUUUGCUAUUACAACUCAAAAUUCUGUACGUGUUUAGAAUCUAACAAUUCAAUGUGGUAAUUAGCAAAUUUAAUAGUGUACAUUUUUGUCUGUGUUCUGCUUUUCCUCUCCCUUCCCCUGUCUGUUGGUAGUUGUGUAUUCUAGAGGUGAGAAGUGUGCAUAUGUUAACUUUAGACUUGAAAGUUCAUGCAGCAGUAAAUAAUGAAAUACUGAAAUACUCAAGAGUGGAUAAAAUCCUAAUCAUAGUCUUCCUACCAUAGUCUUCACUGGGACCAGGAUAUUAUCCAUAAACAUGUAAGUCCAAAGGUAUUACUUUCCUUUUUAAAAGGGAAGAAAAAGGGAAAGCAUUCAGUGUGUGUGCCUUCCCCCCCUCACUCCCCCCAACUAUGAAAUAAAAACUCCUUCCUCAAAUCCUGAUUCUCUUUUGCCUCUUGAGUACUUCCAUGUACCACAUGUGCACCUCACGGUGGUGGCUGUGGGAAUCCUUUGUAGAGUAUACAGAUGCAGAUGCCUUUUUGCCUUUUCUCAGUGAAUUAUAUCUAUUCUUUAGCCAUUCCAACAAGGUGCUU